AUGAUUGAGGUGUUCAAGAAGUUUCCGCGAAACAAGUUCGACUUUGAGGGUGCGAUUGUUCUCUACUCAAAGAAUCUUGAGACAUUCUACCGAAUCUCGUUUGGCUGUGGUGAUAACCUUAUGGAAGAGGAUAGAGCGGAGGGUUAUGACGAUUAUCUUCUGUAUGACGCAUAUUCCUACAAUCCCAAGUGCAAGUAUACCAUUGAGGAAAUGAAGGGAAUCAUCAAGUACAACGAUGGAUAUCUUGACACAAUCCACGAACUCGUUGACGAGGAUGGUGGGAUGAUGUUGGUCAAGAGAAGCGACUAUAUGAAUAGCGGAGACAUCCGUGACUAUCUUGAAAACGCCCUUGAUAUGGCUGGAGUGUGGGUGACGGAAACCUACUCCAAGGCAUAUGAUGUCAUCGCAGAGGAUGCAGAAGAUGCGGAGCAGAUUGCCGAGAAUCUAGCAAUGGACGAUAUGAAAUUGGCGAUUCCCGAGAAUAUGGACGACCGCGAAAUCACAGUUGAGCAGGAGGACUAA